GUUUUAGCCUCCUGCCAGAAGGGGGCGCUAGCUAAGUUAAUGUAUCACCUAUUUUUCAAACAGGAAGCAGUUGUGUUCGGUAACAUCCGGUGCGGUCGUUAGCAUCGUUAGCUUAGCUGUGUUUUUGUUAUCGUGUGGGGACCCAGUCUGAGUCUGCGCAGCAACAAUGUGUUCAGUUCAGCCUCUGAGAGAGUUUAUCAGACAGAGACUAACUGCUGCUGCUGAAGAAAUCUUCUCAGAGGUGGAAAGAACCAUCAUCCAGUACGAGGAGGAGAUCGACCGUCAGCGCAGACUGCUGGACAUCAGCUGGAGACCCCGAGCCGUUCAGAACCCCGCAGAUUUCCAGAAACGUUUUCUCAGUACUAAUGAUGAUGAUCUCAUUGAGCCGCCGCUCUAUAACCAGGAGAACCUUUCUGGGCUGGAGGAACCAGACCCAGAACCUCUGAAUGAGGGACCAGAAUCUCUGCAGAUUAAAGAAGAACCAGAUGAUUUGUACACGGGUGAGGAAGAAGAGCAUGCUCGUCUGAAGGAGGAGACUGAGGCUUUCAUGGGGAGUCCAUCUUAUGAGGAAGGAGAACACAGCCACCUAGAACCCGACUGGGACCAGAUCCCACCUGAAACAUGCCUAGCAGGUGAUGAUGAAGAUCAGGAAGGAGGUGGUCCUGAUGAACUGAGCCCUGAUGAAGAGCAGAAAGAAAAGGACCAAUGUUGGAAGGGAAGCAGAUCCAGGAGGGAUGAGAAUCAGAAUCUGUUUUCGUGUAAAAUGUGCAGCAAAGCUUUUACUCAGAAGGGAAGCUUGACCAAACACCUGCGGGUCCACACAGGUGGGAACCCCUUCACCUGCCUCAGCUGCGGCCGGAGCUUUCGCAAACAUUUCAGCUUGAUAGUCCACAUGAGGAUUCACACGGGAGAGAAGCCCUUCCCCUGUCUGAUCUGUGGCAAGAGCUUCUGUCAGAGAGGGAAUCUGAACGUCCACAUGAGAACGCACACGGGCGAGAAGCCGUUCCCCUGUCUGACCUGUGGCAAACACUUCCAGCGGAAAAGUAAUUUAACUGCACACAUGAGGAUCCACAGGAGGAACGCGCUGUCAUUGUGCGGCAUUGGGAAGGAGCAGCUCUGAAUCGAAGUUAACAUGAGGUGUUAGGAAAUAUAAACGGUUAAAACUUGACUUCUUGCUUUUUUCAUUGCAGGAAGCUAAAGAAAAACUUAAAUUAAGUGAUGAGUGUCUUGAUCCUUUUCUAAAAUGUUCCUAAUGUUUGAAGGUUCCUGCUGCUAAAGGCCAGAACACACCGAAUCCGAUUUUGAGUCUGAUCCGACGGAUAUCAACAAUAUGUGUAUAACACAGAGACAGAAGUGAAACAAAUCUGUGCAGAUCUACCCACCCUGCCAAGAGGUAGCCUCUCCAUACACAGAUUAAAAAGUCGCGCAGAGUCGGUGUGUUCUGGCCCGAACACGCUUAUCCUCAAAUGAUCAGCAGUUCAUCAAACGUGCCAAAGUACACUCCUCGUUGCUUUGAGGUUUCUGCUGUUUAGUAAAUGGGAGUUCAUGCAAUGCGACGAGUGAUCUGAGCUCACUGCUGCGAUCCUUCCUUUAUCGUUUAUCCAUGCAUAUUUAUCUCUGGAAUAAAGGAACAUCCUGUUUAUUAGAUGACCCAUUAUUUGUCCUCUGUAACUUUGCCAACAUGCACAGUAUUGCUUUUAUACUCGGUAUAAUCAAACAAAAUAACAGAUCCAAACUUUAUGAUAAGCAGAAUUUUGCCCACAGAUUUGAAGGUUCUC